AUGGGAAGUCUUCUGGACACCCCCGUUACCGAAGGAAUGACCCAGCUUUUGAAUCCCCCUUUCCCCCCCUCUUCCAAGUGUUUCUCACCUGUAAGGAAGAAGGGGUCACCGCUUCGAAACCAUCGGGAUUUCUCUCUCUCUUGGGAAGCACCGGCUGCCAGGGCGUUUUUCUGCCAGCGCCCUACAGCCGCCCUCAGCUUUACCCAACCUCAGCUUUACCCAACCUCAGCUUUACAAAACCUCAGCUUUACCGAACCUCAGCUUUACCGAACCUCAGCUUUACCGAACCUCAGCUUUACCGAACCUCAGCUUUACCCAACCUCAGCUUUACCGAACCUCAGCUUUACCCAACCUCAGCUUUACCCAACCUCAGCUUUACCCAACCUCAGCUUUACCAAGCACGAUCAAAAUUCAGACGAGCGGCCCAACCUCUCGCAGCAGGUGCGCUCGGCCGGCGUGGCGUUGCUGCCUGCCCGCGCUUCGCCCGUCGGCUGGGGCCUGCAGAGCACUGAGCUGCACCGCCGCCACAUCCCCCGCGGGCUGCAGCAUCAUCUGCCUCGGGACUGCAGCUCCUUCAACCCGAGGAGCGCGUUAGCGAAGGGGCGGCUAACAGUGUCCCAAGUGGAAACUGCUUUGAAGUGGUUUAACAGGAAUUUUAACUAAAGGUGUUCUUCUGUUCA